AUGAAAGUCUCAAGUCUUCUUUCAUUUGCAGCUUUUUUAAAUUAUCUGUUGCCUGUAUCAGCUGUAUCACCUGUUACAAAUUUUAAAUGUUGGAACAAGGUUAUUUCUUGCGCAAUCAUGCAAGAGGCAAUUGACCGUGAAUAUGAUAAAAUGAAAAAACCUAGUGGACUUUACCGUGUGCGAGGAAUAUUUUCCAUAGCACCAUUCCACAUUAAAUAUAGUACUCGAUUAAAAGUUUAUGAUGUCACAAUCAAUGUAGCAUUUACGGAAUGGAAACAAGUUGAAUGGAUGAAAGCUAUAGUUGAUGGUCGUGAGUAUGGAUGUGAGCCAACUGAUGAGUUGGAAAAUUGUGUUGUUUGGACGGGCCCUGGACGUUAUCAGUAA